CUCGUCUCUUGCCGUAGUCACUUCCGCCAUUGUUGUUGACAGUUUGUCCGCUAGCCGGAAGCUUCCCCUUUCUUUGUUUUACACGCAAAUACGUGAACUUAUUAUAAAGAAAGUCAACACGUUGCAGUUUGGAAAGGAGUUUCCCGGAGUGUCGCCGUGGAGCAGAUAGCAUCCCCAGAAACAAGCCAAAGGGGCGGGAUUCAAACAAGACGGCUGCGCGUCUGCCAUGUACACCGACUACAGAGCCAGCAGAGUCACAGCCCAAUGAGGCCCCCCAAGUCAAAAAGCCUUGGCCAUCCCUCAUGCACAUGAACACAGAGAAGCCAUUGAAGCACAUGCCGCUGGUCCCCCUACUGGCCGGUUGCGGUGUGACACCUUCGGCAGAGAAAGCGUGUCAGAAGUUGUUUUUUCUUCCUCUUUUCUUUUCUCAAUGUUUUAAAGCAAACAGUGGAAGGCAUUUCUUUUUUAUUAAAAUCGUUGUUUAUUUUUUUAAAUUUUUUUUUUUUUAGCGCCACCCUUUUUUCGUGGCUUCUUCCACGCAAACCACAUCCUCCUCCUCCUCUCCCUCUCUCUCUCUCUCUCUCUCUCCCCCUCUCCCUCUCUCUCCUUCUCACAUCCGAUCCAGUAGAAGAGGGGGAGAGUUCAGUCUGGCUUGGCAUCGCGGUGAAGACCCCCGCGUCUCUCUAGCUCCCCUCCACUUCUCUCGCUCGCUUUUCUGUGGCGCGUCCGGACGGACUCGAACCUGACGGGUUUAAUCUCCAUAAUCCAUCCAUAGAAUAGUGUGUGUGUGUGUGUGUGUGUGCGGCGUGGCUGCUGUCAUCAUUGCAGCCCGGCGAGCGGAAAGUGGGGGGGAACGAACCGCGUCUCCAUCCCGGGAUUUAUUGAGUCCGAGCGGGGAGGCUGCAGCACUGAAAGGCGGGGGAAGGAAAGAGUUCGCCUUGGACAAUGUUUCUGUUGCAGUACACAGGACUCAAUGCUCUGCCCUUUAAUCCGUCCUCCAACAACGACCCUCUCCAAUUCAACAACACCAGUGGCUCGCUGCUGACCGAGUGUCCUCCUUUGGAAAACUCGGCCGAAAACGGCAAGAAGCGGAAGCGAGCCAGCCUGCCUCCAGAAGGGAUCCAUAACAUGCCCAUGGAGUCCAGCUCCAUAUCCAUGCCCAUGUCGGACCCCAACGCCUGGGCUACGGCCAUGAACAAUCUGGGCAUGCCUCCAAUGGGCAUCACUGGGCAGCCACACAUGCCAGAUUUUGACCCCAGCCUGGGAAUGAUGGCGGGGAUCGCGCCCAACAACCCCAUGAUGCCCGGCCUCGGCAUGGUGCCCCCGCACCUGUCGCACGACUUCCCGGUCGUCAAAGAGAUAAUCCACUGCAAGAGCUGCACCCUCUUCCCGCCUAACCCCAACCUUCCACCUCCGGCCAUCAGAGACCGCCCUCCGGGCUGUAAGACGGUGUUUGUCGGCGGGCUGCCGGAGAACGCCACCGAGCAGCUCAUCAUGGAGGUGUUCGGACAGUGCACCGACAUCACCGCCAUCCGCAAGAGCAAGAAGAACUUCUGCCACAUUCGAUUCUCUGAGGAGUUCAUGGUGGACAAGGCCCUCUUCCUCUCCGGUUAUCGCAUCCGCCUGGGCUCCAGCACGGACAAGAAGGACACGGGCCGCCUCCACGUGGACUUCGCCCAGGCCAGGGACGACCUGUACGAGUGGGAGUGUUACCAGCGCAUGAUGGCCAGGGAGGAGCGCCACCGGCGAAGGAUGGAGGAGGAUCUCAUGCGACCGCCUUCGCCGCCGCCCAUCGUGCACUUCUCGGAGCACGAGUGCAGCCAGCUGGGGGACAAGAUCAAAGACGACGGCAAGUUUGCCGAGGCGGUGCGGGUGCUGCUGACGUGGCUGGAGCGCGGCGAGGUCAAUCGGCGGAACGCCAACACCUUCUACUCCAUGAUCCAGUCGUCCAACAGUCACAUCCGCCGGCUGAUGACGGAGAAGAGUCAGCACGAGAAGGAGGUGGAGGACGCCAAGGACAAGUUCAAGGCGGCGCUGUCUGGCAUCCUGGCUCAGUUUGAGCAGAUUGUGUCUGUAUUCCAAGCCGCUUCCAAACAAAAGGCAUGGGACCAUUUCUCCAAAGCGCAGCGCAAGAACCUGGACGUGUGGCGCAAACAAGCCGAGGAGGUCAGGAACAUGCACAACGAGCAGCUGAUGGACUUCCGGCGUGAGGAGGAGAUGGAGAUGUCUGACGACGACAUGGAGGAGUGCCCGGACAGCGAAGACUCAGGUGUGUCGCAGGUGGAGGCCCUGAAAGAGGAGAACGACUCGCUGCGCUGUCAGCUGGACGCCUACAGGAACGAGGUGGAGCUGCUGAAGCAAGAGCAGGGCAAGAACCAGCCGGUGAGGAGCGAGGAGGAGAGCACGCACAGCCAGCAGCUCAGCUUCCUGCAGCAGGCCCUGGCAGGCAUGCAGAAGCAACUGCUGAAGAUGAGGGAGGAAUUAAAAGAGCGGGAGGCCGAGCUGGACAAGAGUCUGGAGGACAAGCAGGAGCUCAACCAACAAGUCCAGAACCUCAAGGAAGGACUGCAAAACCUGCAGAAGACACAGCUGGAGGGAUCCGAUCAGGACGAGAGUGUCGGCGGCGAGGAAGCCGCCAAUCAAGCCAAUGAGCUGGUGUCCUGCACUCAGGAGAAGGAAGGUCCGACCGAGAAGAGGCAGACAAGUCCGGUCCACUCAGAGAGGGAAGCUCUGCUCGUCGGGAUCAUUUCCACAUUCCUGCACGUGCACCCCUUCGGAGCCAGCAUCGAGUACAUCUGCUCCUACCUGCAGCGCUUGGACACCAAGAUCAACACCGCCGAAGUGGAGGCUCUCCUCUCCAGGCUGCCGUGCACCUUCAAGCAGGAGCUGACGGGUGUGGGCGCCAGUCUGGAGAAGCGCUGGAACUUCUGCGGGUUCAAGGGCAUCAAGAGCACGUAAGGGCGCGUGCGUGGAGGGAGUCGCACAGCCGAGCAUCCCGCCCCACUCCCCACCCCCACCCCUUCACGGACGACACGCGACAAUUGAGAGCACAAUCUGCUCCACGGAUUCAGGAGUGUUUGUUUUAGUUGGACGUGACGACUCCCCCGGGAGUCGCAGCAGGAGUCACUGGAUCGGUACUUACAGGUGUGGCCCACGCCGUGCCAGCUUUUUCUGAGCCUUUUGGCGGGUGUGAUGGACCGAGGACGACACAGGCUGCAACCUGCGGGGUCAUCAGGGUGGGACACAACCAUGCAGCCUCCAUCCCGUCUCUGUUUUUGUUUGUCCUUCCCGGUUUGUAAAAUAGAUUCUUGGAAAAAAGACCAAAAAAAGACACAAGAAGUCAUAUAUUUCUUCAUUCUCCGCAAAGGCUGUGAAGAGGUGCAUAGAAUUGUUGUAAUACGCUGUAAAUGCUUGGAUUGUAUUUUUGAUUAUAAACAGGGAAU